AUGGAUCCUACAAAAACCGGGAUUGUAGACAAAGUAAACGCUUUUGCUAACCACCGGCUGGAUCCUGAAACCGGAUUGCACAAACACGCUGCCUCUGACAGAAUGGACCCCACAAACGAAGAAACGAUUGCUGCUGCAAUUACGCAGUUAAACAGUCACACUGGUCACGACGCUCAUGUCCAACAUUCAGACCGAUUGGAAGCUGCCGCUGCCGCUGCAGGCUUGGUGGCCGGCCCAGACCAUGAUGCUGCUCUCACAGAACAGCAUUUCAGAGACACGUAUGGAUUUGAUUUCCGUAAUUUCACCGUGAAUCCUUGUCUGAGUCCAAAUUUGGAAACGUCCAUCAGAAAUGACGGGGAAGUGGACCCCAAGACUGCAGCUCGUUUUGACAACUGGCUGCGUCUCUCGCCGUUUGGAAUCUGGGUCACAAAAUACCCUACUUCCAAACCAUACGCACAAUGCAAAUUCUCUCAGUGUCGCUUGCAAUUCAAGUUCGACGGUCAUGCAAAUACAUCCAAUAUCAUCAAACAUAUGCGCAGGCGCCAUAAGGAAGAUUACGAGCUCUUUGUGUCACUUCUGGGACGUGAUCAAAAACAGAAAAGCACCACUUCAAGCCACGGGAACGCUUUCGAUCAACAAGCGCAGCACUCUUCCGCGCCCCGAAAAGCCUUCUCCUUGCGUAAAGAGCUGGCACCUUUGCUCCAGAAUAAACAAUUUCCUCAGAAGCAGCUAAACGUCUUCAUAGAUUCGCUUCUUCCGCUCAGCACCGCAGGCUCUUUUGCCCAAUUCUUAAAAGCGUGCAAUUUUAGCAACAGCGAGUUUCUUCUGACCCCGGACGAUAUGAUUUUGAAGCUGGACGAAUACUUCCACGAAUUCGAAGCCCAGCUCAAAGAGAUCUUGCAAUCUACUACAUUGGUGAACCUUCUGAUUGACACAUGGACUUCACCGGAAAACAGAGUGUACCUUGCGUUGAUGGUGUCAUUUUGUCCCAACUUGGCCCUAGAGGAUCAAGUUUUGAAAAGAGAUUCGAUAACGCUAAAAUCAGGCCCUAACGUCCACGUUCUAGAUCUUUUAGAGGUCGGAAACGAGUCCGCGAACAUCCUGCCUAUCGUGCUUCAAACGCUUUCUGAUUACGCAAUACUUCACAAGAUUGGUAGCGUCACAGUAGAUACCGGAUCAAACAUUUUGGUCGAUCUACCAGAUCAAUUGAAAAAAAGUUUGCAAGCGGAGAACGAUAAGAGUUUAAUCGAGAUCAGAAGUUUCAGCCAUAUCUUGGAAAAUGUCACUGAGCUUUUGUUGCGAAUCUUCAGGGAAAAUUAUCCAAAACUUGUGGCCAAGAUUGACGGUCUCUUUAUGGUUUUACAAAAGAAUGUUUUCUUGAAAAAACUGUUCCAGAAGUUCUUAAACAUUGCAACUUCGUUGAGCUCACAAGCUGGACCCAUUUCACGCUACCAUUAUUUGCUGAAUUUUUUAAAGUUCGAACACGAAAUCAAAAGCUUUGGUUCCACUGGUGGACAUGAGAAGAUUGGCGACCUGACAGCAGACGAAAUUCGCGUGUUUUCAUAUUCAUCGGAGGAGAUAGCAGUCCUGAGGGUUUUUCUCAAGGCGAUAGGAAUUUUUGGUAACUAUAUCAAAAUCUUGCAGGACGAUACGGUCGAUGUCCUGCCCAAUGCCAUUGACUACUACGUCCAGAUUGGACAAUACUUUCAAGCUUGCGACAGGAUUUUGAGUGGCAUCUACGCGGAACAAGAUGUGAUUUUUGUCGGACUAAGAGAUGAAGAUCUUUUGACUAUUGAUGAGAAUACGAAGAACAAUCUCUUUACUAUUAUUUCAACGUGCAGUUCCUACUUCAACCCACAAUUGGAAUGGGCGCUAAAACAGAGUGGAUACUGGGUUGCGCACAUUUUGCAGCCGCAUUACAAGACUACCAAGUUGGGAGGAAACUUCGAUGACGCAAGGUUUAAAGACGAAGUUCUGCGGAACGCAUCGUCUUAUAUUGACCACCACUUGAAAAAGCAAAGCGAAAGUUUUGUUGUGGAGCUGGAAGAAGCUGCUGGCAACCGGGCCAUACGUUCAAACCUCAAACGGGUCACAAAACCAGCAACCACGAAGAGACGUCCCGAAUUAGAUUUAGUUGAUCAGGCUGCCGCAUUGGCGAACUUCACUGAACACGAAUUGGGUCUUGAAUCUGAAUGGGCAUUAUACUUGGAUGAGCCAACUGAAGAAACCACUGACGUGGUAAAAUACUGGGUCCGCAAUCAGAAGAAGUUCCCCAUGCUAGCUAAGCUGGCGCUGUCGUUGCAUAACUGCAAGCUAUCGAGCAACAAAGUUGAAAAAUGGUUCCGAGUGGGACGCGGAGCGCUAAAUGCGUCGAUUUCGCAAGGAAGCAUGAGCUUGAAGCAAGCCGUUGUACUGCGGAACAGACUUUUAAAUUUCCAGCCUGCACACGGACUCAAUUUUGUAGAGUUUGUCGCGGCUGCACAGUGGGGAGCCGAUGAGAAUCGAACCUUAGGAGGUGCGGACGAAAACAGCGGUUGA